UAAUGGUGUGAAAAGGGCGGACCGCCGCGCUACUACGGCAACAAAUUAAAGACUCGGUUCAUUGUAGAAGUUCAUAGGAAAUAUUUCCUACGAAGACGGUAUGAUGACGGAAGGAACGUGUUUGCGGAGACGAGGGGGGCCCUAUAAGACGGAGCCUGCUACAGACCUCCAUCGCUGGAGGCUGCAGAAUGAGGAGGGCAGGCAGACCUGGCGCUACCUGGAGGAGCAGGACUCUGCCCGGGAGCAGUCCAUGCUGGAGGCCCAUUCUCUGGGCCUGGACACGAGUGGGUUUUUAUCGGACACCCCCCCUGCACACACCGCCCCAGAGGCUGCACAGAAGGGCAUGGAGUUCUACCGCCUUCUGCAGGCCGAGGACGGGCACUGGGCCGGGGAUUACGGAGGACCUCUCUUCCUGCUGCCCGGUCUCCUGAUCACCUGCCAUGUUGCCAGUAUCCCUCUACCUGAGGCCUGGAAGAAGGAGAUGGUUCGCUACCUGCGCUCAGUGCAGCUGCCAGAUGGGGGCUGGGGUCUGCACAUUGAGGACAAGUCUACAGUUUUUGGUACGGCUCUGAGCUACACGACACUAAGGAUUCUGGGAGUUGGGCCUGAUGAUCCAGAUAUGGUGCGAGCCAGAAACAACCUGCACGAAAAAGGGGGCGCUGUUGGCAUCCCUUCCUGGGGUAAAUUCUGGUUGGCUGUCCUUAAUGUGUACAGCUGGGAAGGAAUGAACACUCUCCUCCCGGAGAUGUGGUUGUUCCCCACCUGGUUCCCGGCGCACCCCUCCACCCUGUGGUGUCACUGCCGGCAGGUGUACCUGCCCAUGAGCUACUGCUACGCCGUGAGACUCCGAGCUCAGGAGGACCCCAUCGUGCUCAGCCUCAGACAGGAGCUGUACGUCCAGGACUACUCCACCAUCGACUGGCCCGCGCAGAGGAACCACGUGGCCGCCUGCGACUUGUACACGCCCCACAGCACGCUGCUGUCCGUCGCUUACCUGAUAAUGAACGUGUACGAGGCUCACCACAGCGCCGGCCUGCGAGAGAGAGCGGUGAAGGAGCUGUACGACCACAUCAAGGCCGACGACCGCUUCACCAAGUGCAUCAGCAUUGGCCCUAUCUCCAAGACCAUUAACAUGCUGGUGCGCUGGCACGUGGAUGGACCCACGUCCCCAGCCUUCCAGGAGCACGUGUCCAGGAUCCCAGACUACCUGUGGCUAGGACUCGAUGGGAUGAAGAUGCAGGGCACCAAUGGGUCCCAGCUCUGGGACACCACAUUUGCUGUCCAGGCCUACCUGGAGGCGGGUGCUCACGACAGUCCCAGGUUUACGGAGUGCCUCAGACACGCCCACCAGUUCUUCACCCUCACACAGAUACCAGAUAAUCCACCAGAAUACCAGAAAUACUACAGACAAAUGAACAAGGGUGGGUUCCCCUUCAGCACGCGGGACUGUGGCUGGAUUGUAGCGGACUGCACGGCAGAGGGGCUGAAGUCGGUGAUGCUGCUGCAGGAGCAGUGUCCCUUCAUCACUCAGCACAUUCCCCCAGAGCGCCUCUAUGACGCCGUCAACGUGCUGCUGAGCAUGAGAAACCCUGACGGCGGGUUCGCCACGUACGAAACCAAGCGUGGGGGGCGUCUCCUGGAGCUCCUCAACCCCUCUGAGGUGUUUGGUGACAUCAUGAUAGAUUACACGUAUGUGGAGUGCACUUCAGCCGUGAUGCAGGCCCUCAAACACUUCCACCAGGUGUUCCCAGAUCACCGGCCACAGGAGAUCAGAUCCACUCUGAGGGACGGGUUGGAGUAUUGCAGGAAGGUGCAGCGUCCUGAUGGAUCAUGGGAAGGGUCCUGGGGAGUGUGCUUCACCUACGGGGUGUGGUUUGGACUGGAGGCAUUUUCAUGUAUGGGCCACACCUUCCAGAACAGGGAGGCGUGCCAGGAGGUGCAGCGCGCCUGCGCGUUCCUCCUGUCCAGGCAGAUGGAGGACGGGGGCUGGGGGGAGGACUUUGAGUCCUGCGAGCAGCGACGCUACGUCCAGAGCGACGGGUCCCAGAUCCACAACACCUGCUGGGCCCUGCUGGGGCUGAUGGCCGCCAGGUAUCCAGAUGUCGAGGUCAUAGAGAAGGGGAUCCAGGUUCUGAUCGACAGGCAGCUGCCCAAUGGAGACUGGCCCCAGGAGAACAUCCCGGGCGUGUUCAACAAGAGCUGCGCCAUCAGCUACACCUCUUACCGGAACGUCUUCCCCAUCUGGACCCUGGGGCGCUUCUCCCGCCUGUUCCCCUCCAGUCCCCUUGCUGAAAAGCUCUGAGAGGUCAGGGGUCACCAGAACUGACCUCUGUCACUGGACUCGUAGAGUAGGGGACGUGCCUUUUUGUCUGCCAAUAUUUCCACUGCCCCGCCCUGACUGUGUGCGACAGGUAGCGCGUGCUGCAGUUGAGCCAGGCCCAGGACACGCACCACAGCGCGCCUGGGGUCGGGAGGGUGGAGCUGACGUGUGGGCGGGGCAUGGGAAAACAAGCCCUGUUUUCAGUGCUCAGUGUCUGCAUGGAACCAUACUCCAGUUGUCAUAUCUUUAACAGACCACGCUGGAGUGAACAGACCAUCAGCCCAACCGCCGUUAAAAUAAAAUGAAGGUCACAUGACAUGCAGCAGAAAUGCAUGCUGGGCUGCAUUAGUGCAGCUGAUGUGCCGCUCACACGUGCCUUCGAAAAUAUUGCUUAAUAAUGUUAAAUCUCGCGUAGACUUUUUAACUACUGAGCAAACAGAACAAGUGGCCUAAAAAUGUUGGUGUUUGUAAAAUAUCCUAGAAUCACUGAUUUGUCAUGACUACAUUUUAAUAAUGCAAAAUAAAAUGUGUGUUUUGUAUGCAUUAUCCUAACCACAGAGGUGGACAAUCCAGGGGUCAGAAAGUAAAAGUCCUGCCAUGUAUUUCAUCCACCCCUGAACUCAGCCAGCUGAUUUAGCUCUACCUCCUGGUUGAAGAAUGGUGCUCAUUAGCAAAUCCAGGUGACUGGAACAAAAUCCUGGGAUGAACUUUUACUUUCUGAACCUGGAUUGUCCAGCUCUGCCUAACCAUUAUUGUACAAGUUUUUGAAAUCUGUCACAUUUGCAUUAUGCUAAAACAGACUGAAACAAUGUUGGGUUUUCUCAUUACUUUUGCCAUUUGCUUUGUGUUUCAACUCUUCUUUUUCCACAAAUGGUUUAGCUUCAGUAACCAUGUGUCCACAUUUUCAGGAUAGACGACCCCGCUGAUUUUAGCUAUAGGUCUGUCAGUUAAUCAUGGAAAAAAUUUAAGGCCUUCCAAGUGGAAUCAUUUUAUGCAAAGCAUUAGUUGUCUGAGAAUGGAUGUGUCUAAUUAAAAUACGUUAAAAAAAAUAA